AGAUGGCGGCGAGGCUAACACCUCCGUUAGACCGCUCCGCUUGAGUGAACGACUUUCCCUGCUUUUACGGUAAUAGGAUCUGUCAAAGUACGCCACAGUAAAGGUGGUACCGUAUACAGCCAUCCUAGUUACAUUUGUAUGUGUAGCAAACGUUUCUAAACGUUUCUAGAGCUUUAUUAGCCGAUUUCCUUCGGGAAGUCAACAGCGCAGCAAAGAACAAAGACCAAGCGGACCUAAGCCGACAAAAUGGCGAACGACGACCACAAGAAACGGACACCCGGCAAGCUAUACAGCUUACUGGGAAUAGCUAACGACGCAAAGGAAAACCACAUCAUCUCUGCGUACAAAGAAGAAGUGAAGAAACACGAGAAAACUACCAACUCUACAAAGGACAAGCAUCUCCUGGCCGCAGACCGUCAAAAUUUCCGCGAGGUAAGCAAGGCAUUCUAUGUUCUAUCAGACGGCGAGCGUCGACGGCUUUACGACCAAACAAACGAGAUCGCAGAGCCAGCGCAACGAGAUAAGAAGGCCAAACCAGAUGAUAGUUACUUCAUCCAGUACAAUGAAAACAGUGUGACGGUGUAUAUCCCGGCAGGUUCGGACAAAAAGUGGAUAGAGAUUGUGGAAACUCAUUAUAACAUGCCGACUGAGAAGAAAAGAAAGAAAGGAAAGAACGGUGAAUACGUGAACGGUAACCAGCUCACAGCACCUUUCCAUGACCCAGACACAGACGAACUCAUUGGUACUGUAACUCUACACAUCUACCAUACUUGCAAGAUCCUGGUACAAGGCCCAGCAUGUUACCUCUGGGUAAUGUACACCUUUGAAGAGUUGAAAAAGUCGAUGGCAUCAACAUGUACGAUCGCUGAAGUGGAAUGUGAAGAUAUCAUGUGCAGUGAAUGUAACCGCCCUGGUCCCGAGGAUGCAGGUGUUAUCCAGUGUGACAUGUGUCAUAACUGGUUCCAUUAUGCGUGUACUGGCGUGCAUGAGUUCAUACUACACGAGCUAAUAAAAAAUGUGGAAAGUGUGUUCAUAUGCAAUCACUGCUCACUGGAUAGUAUUGCAGCUGACAGUGACACAGAGUCGCCCGAAUCACGCCAAAAUGUCGACCAUGAGGAAACAAUCCCAAAGAUGACGGUUGGGCCACACGACCAUGAGGAAACAAUCCCAAAGAUGACGAUCGAUGGGAACAACAACGAUAGACUUUCUAUGCUCCAAUGUAGUGUAGAUAAGCUGGAGGCUAUUCUG